AUGUUGUUUGAGAGAUUGAUUUUAGAUGAUGAGAAUAAUUAUAUAAGCACAAAAGCGUGUGGAUAUUUGACGUUAUUCGAUCAAAUUAUAGAUCCUUCGGAGGAAGAUACUAUGAAUCUGAAUGAAAUAACCACAAAAUUUCGAUAUCUGUCAAACACUCUUCCCAUUCCAGUACAACAAUAUGAUCAAUCUCAAUUUCCCGAUAUACACAUUAUCAAAAGCAUUUCUAGUCAUUUACAUGUAGAUGCUAUUACUAAAAUGAAUAAAAUUGUGGAAAACACCUCAGAACGAUCGUGGACAGCACAUUUGAAUUCGAAAGUUAUCAACUAUAGAGCAGAUAGAGUAGCAGAAUUUCGUAAGCGACCCAAGCAAAUUCCAAUGUUUUUGCUUGAAGUUUCCGGAAAUCCUAAUAAUUCAGAUCCUGAUAAAUUUGCUACUGACAGAAAAAAAUUAAUGAAUGAAGGUGUUUUCGCCCUUAAAAAGUUUAUGACAAAAACAAACUUGCCAACAUGGGACGUAUAUAAGAUUUGGAGGAUUUUUCUGGCUCAAGGAUUUGAUAAUCUCGAGAUUGGUCAAAUGAUCUAUAUUGGACCUGGUUUAUAUUUAUUCCCACUCUUUACAGUCCCUAAUUUUAUUAUUUCAACUUUCACCACUGGUUUGGGAUAUGCACCUCGACUAAUUCGAACACUUCUAUGCUUGAGAUAUAACAUUAUUAAGAAGAUCAAAAAGUUUAAGGAAUUUGAAAGAAAAGGACAGCGAUACAUUAUGAAGCCCAAGACUAAGUAUGCUACUGGACUUAUACCAGGACAGUCUAAAGUUGGAAUGUUUGCACAAUUUUUAUCUAAAAUAUCAAAACAAGAGAAUUUAGAUGAUUUCUAUUUCCCAAUUAGUCCCCCUGCACUAAACAUUGACUAG